AUGGCAAGGAAAUCCUCCCCCAUCGGCGACGAGAGGGAAGACGAGCUUUCCAGACUGGAGGACACAAACCACGCCGACAAGAACGUUCGAAACUUGCGCACCUCCCGCGCCCAACCCUUCAGGUCACUGACGAGUAAAACCCUACGCAUUUCCGAUUCGAGCGGCUCCGAAGACGAUUUGCAGCAUCACCAGCCGAAACGCCAACGUCGAAGUCAGCAAUUCCGCCGCCGGACGGCUCCGGGAGUUGUGCAGGAUCAAGGAUCGGCUAUUACUGAGGCCACGACAAGUGACCGUUCAAAGCACGAAGAUGGCGUCGUGGAGAAAGAGCUCGGUGUUGCAGACAAGACGACCAAAGCGCUCGAGAAGAGGCUGAAGGCAGCCAACCAAAAGAUCCAAACGUUGCAGGCGGAUCUGGGAACUCUCCAAGCUGAGGAAGCAGGUGCGAAAAAGUCCAUCGAGGGGGAUCGGAAUCAUGCUGUCGAGCACGCGGAUGCGGCGCAGGAGAAAUUCGCAGUCUGGGAAGAGCAAGCCGAGGACAAGGCAACGAGGGCGGCGGCGGCGGCAAACUCAAAAGCCCUAAUCUUGAAACAUCAGCUUCUUAUCGUUGAAAAGGAGGUCGAGCAAGCCAAUUCCUACAUUCAAAGACUGCAAGAAGAACUCCAGACCGCAAGCAAGGAGGUUGGAAUCGCAAGCUCGAAAGCCAAGAGCUUGGAGGAGGAAGUGAAUGAAUUGAAGAAGCAACUCGAGCAUCAUCAUGCCCGCCACCAGUACGAGUCUCUGCAAGCUGAUCUGUCAUCUCUCACCUCGACCGGGACAUCUUUCUCGGCAAUCAGCGCAAUCCAUGAUUUGCAAAGAACCUGCACUUCCAUCUCAGAUCUCAAGGAGAAAGGCUAUCCAAUCGAAGUCGAGAAACUUCUCAAGACUCCCGGGUUUGUUAAAGAUACGAGCAGGAUAAUCGCCGAGUUUUGCGUGAAGGAGCCGGAAAAGCUGGGCGAGAUACUGGGAUCUUUGCAGGGAGACUGGGUCUCAGAUGCAGGAUGA